AUGUCACCCGACCCCGUCAAGAACAACCCCGCGCCCCGCAAGCGCCUCCCCGCAACCACCCCACAAUGGCACGUCCACCCGACCACCGAUCACGCGGGCCGCCGCGCCCACACCGUCUGGCUCAGAAAUCCCACCACCACCACCACCUCCUCCUCCUCCUCAUCGUCAAUGCCGCCGCCGCCGCCGCCGCCGCCGCCGCCGCAGCCCGCCACUUCGCUCCAAAUCUACUCCGCCACGCCCAUUCCGAAUGACGACCCCGCCGCAGCGUGGGAAGCCGUCGUGUCCAUCGCGCGCCUCGUCAUCGGCGGCGGCAGCGCUGAUCUGUUGUCUCAGCUGCGCAACGAGGCAGGCGCCCCGCCGCGCUUCGACGUGUACGACGCGCCGCCGCCGCAGGGCAGUAAGGCGGACGACGUGGAUAUGCUGGCGUGCGUAAGGCAUCAGAAGCGCGAGAUUGCUGCGCGGCGCGGGACGCCGAGUAGCAUUCCGCGGUUUGGGGCGGCGGCGGGGGAGAGGGCGAGGGGGUUGUUGGUUGUGGUGGUUGUGGCGGGGAAGAAGGAAGGGGGGAGGAGGACGGGGGAGGAGCUGGAGGGGCCGUUGCUGGUGUGGUUUCAGCGGGGUGGGAGGGAGAGAAGUGUGCGCGUGCCGUGGGAUUUGGAGGUUGAGAUGGGAGGGGAGUUGGCGUUGGAGAGGACGGAGGUGCUUGCGGUGCGGGUGCGGUCGUGGGGGGCGUUGGGGUCCGAGAUGGGGAAGGUGUGGGUUCAGAGCGGUGAAGAGAGAGAUGGGAAAGAUUGGGCGUGGGUGGAGAAGAUAAAAGGUGAGGCGGGAGGGGUGAGUAAGGCGGAAGCGGACAAUCAGGAAAGCGCGAUCGCUGCAGCACCACCUCAAAUCCAGUCAUAUUUCAAGGACGACUCUGCCGGCAAUUCUCCUAGCAACUCUCCUGGCGACUCUGCUAGUGAGUCUACUGGCGACUCUGCUGGCGAUUUUGCUAGAAACCAUGCACUUGUAGUACACAACAUGACCACUACAGCAUCCCUUUCCAACGCUGAGCUACACUACUUGGUAUACGACCUUACAGGAUCCACCGCCGACGACAACGCCCUCAUCACCUUAGCUCGGUCCUUCAUUUCUGACCUCCUCAUUCACCUCUCUCCUGAUACUACCGUUGUACUGGAAUUUCACCGCGCGCCAACCCUCGCCACCAGCAUCCAACACUUCCGGGGAGAGCAAGCUGCACGCCCGGACCUCAGCGUCGGCUACCUCCCACACGCCGCCCGAAAACCACGUCAUCACCACCGUAUCUUUCCAUGCAGCCCCCAUAUCGAGGCGGGUAUCGAUAGGCAUCGUGCUUCGAGCAUAGGCGCUGGGAAGCAGUCGCCGGGCUUCAACACGUUUCUUGUCGCCGUGGAGACGAGCAGCUGGGAGAAAGAGGAUUCGGUGUUGCUUGUAAGAGCGGAUUCAGAUCUCAAGGCAUCGAGGCAGCUUACUGGCCAGGCGCCAGAUGAUGAAAACGCCGUCGUGGGGAACGCGGUCGAGCUGUUGGUGGGAAGGCCGCCGGGUAUGAACGCCGUUGCCGAGCGGUUGGCUGGUAUUUCGUAG